AUGGGCUCUCCCGCAAGGGCUUACGACAAUUCAAUCGCAGCAACUCCUGUUGACGAGUUUGAUCUCAGCACCCUUGACAACGCUCUUAACGUCUUCGAGAACUACGAAAGUGGCACAAUCAUAGAUCAAGAUAUCUCGGAUUCUCCCGCCUUCAAAUUUGAUCUUCUCCUUGAUCCGAAGACCCUUGGGCCUGAACUUGACAGUCUAUAUACAAUUUCAGAGGAUCUCGCUGGAGGAAAAUUAAUACAAAAGGAUAAGGCUCUGAAGAAUUUGACUAGGACGAUCCGACUCUCUGGUUUCGGAAAAGAAAAGGCAAUUGAGAAAGGAAGGCCUGGUGAUAAACAAUCGGAUUCUACGCCGGCAAUGCUGCUGAUGAUACCGUCAGCCUCGAGCCCUUUUGCAAGUCCCGAACCAAAAUCGUGGAGUAGAUAUCAGGCUGGGAAUUUUGUGGGUAAUUCAAUAGAUAUGCCUGAAAUGCCCGAACCCUACUCUGGACCUUAUGAAUCAGAGGCUGCCCCAUUCGAAAGCUCCAAGAUGGAAAGCAGUGGGUUUGAACCUCUCGACAAAGACAGUCCAAUGUCGCCACCAUUUCGAGGAAGACCGAUGGAAAACGAGGUGGUGUCUGGCAAGAGAAAAGCCAUCACUGAGUACAAAGAUGGCAAGGGUGUGCGCACAUCUAAGCGCAGCAAAGUCAAUGAACAUCCUCAACGCCGAAUUUCAGAGGCCUCUUACGAUGACCGAUACUCUCAACUGGUCAAAAUCAUCUACAUGAUCCACUGCCCGGAUACAUGGGAUGAUUAUCAUGAAGCACUGGCUUACGAAGAUGUUCCAGUAUUUCUGCAGCGGAGCAAACCAGGAACGGACUUACGCCUCGAUUCGAAGCUGAUCCACCUAAACGGCAGCAGGCCAGUCUAUGACCUUGCGUCCUUAUUUACCCCUGACAACGUCGACGAUGAGACAGCCAUUAUUGUCUUCCGCCAUAUCCGGUGUGAGGAGAAUCAAGGGAUUCCACAUGCCGAUGGCAAAUCACUAAGGGGGCAUGAAUCUCUUGCGAUCAAGUCCUCAAUUCUGAAGCGGUCUAUUGCCGAUGUUGCGCAAUGCUACUAUGAUGGAGGUGACGUUCUAUACGACGGCCGAAAGGCUGGCGGUAAACAGAUGGGGGAGCUCACGAUUUCUCCCGCGCCGCUCCGUUUUUUCCAUCACUACCAGCGGCUGCUUGACUAUGUGGAGACUCAUCCAUACGCACGUGAGCAUGUGACAGUCUUACUCGAAUAUUGCAGGAGAACAUACGGCUCGAAUUUUCAAGAGGCGAAACGAUUGUUCGCAGAAGCUCAAGUGAAUCAGAAACAUCUGGAGAAGCUUUACCUACCCAACUCCAUUGUCAUCAGUUGUGCUGAUGGCAAUGAACGGGCCUAUGUUGUCUCUAAGUGGCCUUAUAUCCGCGACUUUGGCUCUCUGGAACUUACCUGCUGGGCGUGGCAAAAUAACGGAACAGGCUGGUACCGUAGCCGGCACACACUCACAGUGCCACCAAUAUCAAGUUCUUGGGUAUCUAUCCAGUCAUUAGCCGUUUGUCCCGCAGCAUAUGUCUCCGAGCAUACCAGAAAGAACCUGAUACAGAGAGGAAUGAAGCUUUGGCUGCUCAAAAACCCAUCGUAUAUCUCUUACACCGGCACCGAUGUUCAAGGAGAGGGCUAUUAUCCAGACUCUCGCUUCAUGGUCGAUUAUGCCGUCUAUAAGAAGAUGCAUGAACAUGCUUUGGCUCUGCAUAUAUAUGGGCCCGUUAUCUAUAGCCAUGACCCGUGGCCAAGGCACCUUGACUCCGAGACGACACCCAACCAAGAAGAGUUGCUUGUGAUGCCUCAUAUUGUUCAUGGAUUCUAUCUGACAGAGAAGCAGUGGGUUGCGAUCUAUGUCGAUGGAGUUCAUGAGAUCACAUGGAACAAGACGGCGUAUGACCGUUUGGUCAUACCCUCCAAAACAAAGGAGCUUAUUCGGGCUCUGGUGACUGUCCGCACCUCACAGAGAGGGAUCAAACAUGGCCUGGGCGUCGCGGGGAAGAGGGUGGACCUUAUCGCAGGAAAAGGCAACGGCCUCAUCAUGCUUUUGCACGGCGGUCCUGGCACCGGGAAAUCUUUGACCGCCGAAAGCGUGGCUGAGAUUGCUGAAAUGCCUCUCUACAGGGUCACGUGUGGUGAUAUCGGCACCACGCCCGAGUCUGUCGAAAAGUACAUGGGAGUCGUCAUGCAUCUGGGCGUCACGUGGAAUUGCGUCCUCUUGCUGGACGAGGCCGACGUCUUUCUUGAAGAGAGGUCCAUGUCGGAUCUUGCUCGCAACAGCCUCGUUUCUGUUUUCCUUCGGAUCUUGGAAUACUAUGAUGGGAUUCUCAUCUUGACGAGCAACAGAAUAGGUACGUUCGACGAAGCAUUCAAAUCCAGGAUCCAGGUGGCGCUGCACUACGAGAAACUCACGAUUCCGUCGCGCAAGAAAAUAUGGGGCAAUUUUAUCGACAUGUUGGAGGAAGAUGGAGAUGAUGUCAACUUUGAGGAGAUACGAUACAAGGUUGAUCAACUUGCAAAAAUCGAUUUAAAUGGGCGUCAAAUCCGCAACACGAUGACGACAGCUAGACAGCUAGCAAUGUUCCAAGCCUGCCGCCUUGACUGGUCGCACAUUGAACAAGCUCUGUCCGUGUCGACGGAAUUCAAUGAAUAUAUCAAAAGAAUGCAAGGCCACACAGACGACCAGAGAGCCCGGGAUGAGAAACUCAGAUGAUGAGCCGACUCCUUUUUAUAAAUGCCGGCGCUUAGUCACGUAACCGGUCAGGUGGUUCGAGACUCGCUGUCUCUUGAUGGGAUUUGGCUUCCUCGCUCUCGGCCGCGGCCUGCUGUUGUUGUGCGCAUCAGUGGAGAGCCUGACACAGUCGCCUUGCAAUUCGAGCGUCUCGAUGUGGUCUUGGGUGAUAUUCGAUGCUGGUAUCACAAUCUUGACCGAGACGCCGGGGAUCUUGUUCCUCAAAAGCUCUGUAAACAUUACCACUUCCUGUCGAUCGUAACUUGUCACUUGCGACAAGAGGUCACCGUCAAGGACGAUAAAGACUCGG